AUUUCUAUGAAAAUCUGAAAAAAUGAGAGCUGUCUAAAGCAUCACUGUAAAAGCCCGGCAAAACCCGAUCCUCUCAAAUCCCCAAAAAUGAACUCAACGGCCAACUACCACCCUCCGCCGCCACCGCUGCCAUCAUCGCAACCUCCUUUCUCUGACUCGGACACCGACUCCGAUUCCGAAAACUUCCAAGUCGGCGCCGAUCUCUCAAAUUCUAUUUUCAAAGCAUACCUUGAUUUUUCCUCAUCUUCAUCGUCAUCAUCUUCGAUCACAUCCGUUGAUCUGUCCAAGAUCCAAUCAUUCUUAAAUUCUUCUUCCUCCGGCGCUUUAUCGUGCCUCAUUUGCCUCGAACGGAUCCGUCCCUCCGAUCCGACGUGGUCUUGUUCCUCUCUAUGCUUCGCGCUCUUCCACCUCCUUUGCAUUCAGUCAUGGGCCCGCCAAGCUUCGGAUCUUUCCGCUGCUCGCGCUGCAGCACGUCUCCCAAUCACUGCCGAAACCGCCGCCAAACAAGCCACCUGGAACUGUCCCAAAUGCCGCUCAUCCUACUCCAAAUCUGAAAUCCCUAAAUCCUACUUUUGCUUCUGUGGUAAGCUCCGAGAUCCUCCAUCUGAUAACCCGUGGAUACUUCCUCACUCUUGCGGCGAAAUAUGCAACCGUCCGUUGCCUAACAAUUGCGGUCACUUUUGCCUCCUUUUAUGUCACCCCGGUCCCUGCCCGUCCUGCCCGAAAUCCAUUAAAACCAGGUGCUUUUGCGGCUCCGUCGAGGAUUUUCGCCGUUGUGGUUUCAAAAACUUUUCUUGUAACAGGCAUUGUAACAAGCGUUUAGAUUGUAACAAACAUAACUGUUACGAAAUCUGUCAUCCAGGCACGUGCCCCCCUUGCCGUGCACGUGAGACUUACCGUUGCCGGUGUGGUAAAAAGGAAGAAAAGAAGGAUUGCUGUGACCGGGAUUUUCGCUGUGAAAAUGAGUGUAAAAAGUUGCUUACCUGUGGAAAACAUGUUUGUGAAAGAGGAUGUCAUAGAGGAGCUUGUGGGGAGUGUCCACUGCAAGGGAGAAGGACAUGUCCUUGUGGCGAAAGAGUUUAUGAAGGGAUGCCCUGUGAUGGGGUGACUCCUGUUUGUGGUGCAACUUGUAAUAAAUUGUUGAAUUGUGGUUACCAUAGGUGUCCUGAAAGGUGUCAUAAGGGACCUUGUGUGGAGACAUGUAGAACUAUGGUUAAGAAGUCAUGCCGGUGUGGUGGAUUGAAGAAAGAGGUUCCUUGCUAUCAAGAUUUGUCAUGUGAAAAGAAGUGUUUGAGAAUGAGAGAUUGUGGACGCCAUGCUUGUAGGCGUCGUUGUUGUGAUGGAGAUUGUCCACCAUGUUCAGAGGUUUGUGAUAAGAGGCUGAGGUGCAAGAACCACAAAUGCCCUGCCCCUUGCCAUAGAGGUGCUUGUGCUCCCUGUCCACUUAUGGUGACAAUUUCAUGUGCAUGUGGUGAGACGUUCUUUGAGGUUCCUUGUGGUACUGAGAUGGAUCAAAAGCCUCCUAAAUGCCGUAAAUUAUGUAAGAUAACACCUUUGUGCAGGCAUGCAUCAAACAGUAAGCCACACCGAUGCCACUAUGGACCAUGCCCCCAAUGUCGGGCACUUUGUGAAGUAGAAUAUCCAUGCGGUCACAAGUGCAACUUAAGGUGUCAUGGGCCUAAACCUCCUCCAAAUCCAGAAUUCACAUUGAAACCUAAGAAAAAGAAAUCAUAUCUUCAGCCUGGGUGCACUCCUGGCACCCCUUGCCCUCCUUGCCCAGAACUAGUUUGGAGACCAUGCGUUGGCGAGCACAUGGGAGCAGAGAGGAUGAUGGUUUGCUCCAAUACAACACGAUUUUCCUGUGAUAAUUUGUGUGGAAAUCUCCUUCCUUGUGGCAAUCACUAUUGUACGAAAACUUGCCAUCCCCUGGAGACACAGCCUUCUUCAUCAGGACAUCACAAAAGAAGUGAAACUUGUGAAGAGUGUAGACUCCCUUGCGAGAAGGAGAGAAUGCCUAAAUGUUCACACCCCUGCCCUCUGCAAUGUCAUCCUGGAGAAUGCCCUCCUUGCAAAGUGCUCGUGAAACGGUCAUGUCAUUGUGGUGCAAUGGUCCAUGCAUUUGAGUGCAUCUAUUAUAACAAUUUAUCUGAAAAGGACCAAGUGGCUGCUCGCUCAUGUGGAGGCCCGUGCCAUAGAAAGCUUCCCAACUGUACGCAUUUAUGUCCUGAAAUAUGCCAUGUUGAUAAAUGCCCGGCCCCUGAUAAGUGCAGCAAAAAGGUUACCGUUCGUUGUAAAUGCCAAACCUUGAAGAAGGAAUGGAUAUGCCAAGAUGUUCAGGCCGCAUAUCAUGAUACCGGUCAUGAUCCCAAAGAUAUACCGAAGAAUCAAUUUGGACUUGGACUUCUGGCUUGCAAUUCGGAUUGUAAGAGCAAAGUACAGGAGGUUGAGUCAGCUUUACAAUUGCGUAAACCUAAGGUUCUGGAGAAAAAAGAGCCAGACGGAAAACAAGGGCCAAAGCGCAGAAAAAGGCGUGACCGGAUUCGAGAGGGCGAGCAAGUUUCAAGACUUCAGAAAUUUGUUGCCACCAUCAAGCGUGUGCUUUUGAUUAUCAUCAUCAUAGCGGCUGUGAUUGCCGUAACAUAUUAUGGUUACAAAGGUCUGUUGAGGCUCUCAGAUUGGAUGAAUGAAGCUGAACUGCAACGAGCAAAACGAAGACGUCCACGAAUCUGAUCUGUCUUGGUCAUACUCGUAUUGGCUAUCAUUACAGUAACAAUAUCGAGUUUC